CUCAACUCUCGUCACUUACACAAUUGAUAAACUCGAGGUCAGACACUCUGGAAAAGUUAAUUAGCGGCAACUCCAGAGAGAUCUCUGAGAUGAAAAAAGCUGUGCAGGAGAACUCCAUGCAAAUCUCAGCUGUAAAAGGCUCCGUUGAUGUCGUUUGUACUGAAAUUAGUGACAUGAAGAACAGAGUGAUCCACGCUGAGGCACAACUGGAGAAAUAUAAAACAAUCGUGGAAACACAGGAAAAAAGGAUCUCCCAGCUGGAAAGCUACUCCCGCCGCUGGAAUCUGAAACUUCGCGGUUUGGCUGAGAAAGAAAAUCAGAACGUGCGGCAAGAAGUGAUCCAGAUCUGCCAGUCUGUUCUACCGGAGGCGAAAGACAAACUCCCCGAUGUUGUGGAUACGGUGCACAGACUCGGCCCGAAGAGACCGAACAACAACCAACCGAGAGGGAUCAUCAUCCAGUUUACUGCGAGGAUUCACCGCGAUGCUGUCUGGCGCGCUGCAAAGAAAUCUGGCUUCCUGAAAGAACACAACCUGAGGAUGUCGGAGGAUCUGUCUGCUGAGGACCGCGAACGGAGAAACCAACUGUGGCCGGCCGUGGAGAAAGCCAGGAGGGAGAACAAGCUGGCGUUCUUUGUUGGAGGACGUGCCUUUGUGAAUGGAACUCAGACGCCACUGAAGUUCUUUAAAUCUCUGCUGGAAAAAAAAGACUUGUGGAAUAUUUUCAUCCUGAACUUCAAGACAGAAGCUGGUGAGUCUGAAAGACUUUGGUUAGAAAUGGCUGAGAGAGCUGCUCUUCUUGAAUCUUACCUGAAGUGUCACGUUUGUUCAGAGACUUUCAAUGAUCCUGUAACUCUGAGCUGCAACCACAACUUCUGUUGGAGCUGCCUGCAGAAGUUCUGGGAACAAACUCAGAACAAAAACUGUCCCAUCUGUAAAAGAAAAACUUCUAAAGAUCAUCCUGCUGUGAACCUUUGCCUGAAGGAACUUGCUGACUCGUUUGCUGGAAGACAGAAAUCUGAAUCAUCGGAGACAAAAACAGGAGAGCAGAAGUUCAUGGAGGUCUGCAGGAAACAUCCAGGAGAAUCCAAACUGUUCUGUAAAGACGAGCAGAGAGCUUUUUGUCCUUUCUGUGAGUUUUUUCAGCACCAGAGUCACAAAGUGGUUCCUGUAGAAGAAGCAGUCAGAGAGCUGAAGGAGGAGCUGAAAUCUGACUUAAAGUCUCUGCAGGACAAGAAGAUCAAAUACAAAACAAUGGAGAAAACAUACAAUCAGAUGAUUCAACACUCCAAGAAGCAGCUGCUGUCCACAGAGACACAGAUCAGAGCAGAGUUCAACAAGCUCCAGCAGUUCCUGAAGGAGGAAGAGGAGUCCAGACUGGCAGCUCUGAGGGAGGAAGAGGAGCAGAAGAGGAAGACUGUGAUGGGAGAGAUGAAGAGGAUCCAGGAGCAGAUGUCCUCUCUGUCAGAAAGUAUCAGUGCUGUUGAAGCAGAGCUGCAGAAAGACAAGGAGACGUUCCUCAGCAGUUGGAAAGACACUCAGAGCAGAGCCAGAGCCCAGAGCUCGCUGUCAGACCCACAGCUGCUCUCAGGAGCUCUGAUAGAUGUGGCCAAACAUGUGGGCAACCUGUCCUUCAGAGUCUGGGAGAAGAUGAAGGAGAAGGUCCACUUCAGUCCGGUCCUACUGGACCCAAACACUGCAAGCAGAUAUCUUUAUCUGUCUGAUGAUCUGACCAGUGUGAGAUUUGGAGAAACUUCUCAGCAGCUUCCUAACAAUCCAGAGAGAAACAUGUAUUUUGUUUCUGUUUUUGGCUCUGAGGGAUUCAGAUCAGGGAAACACAGCUGGGAGGUGGAGGUGGGAGAUCAUCCUCACUGGAACAUUGGUGUGACUAAAGAGUCUGUUAAGAGGAAGGGAGAGAGUUCUAUUUCACCAAAAGAUGGAAUCUGGUGUUUAGAUCUUGAGAAUGGAGAAUACACAAACGGUGUUGGUCAGACUGUCACUGUGACCAAGAGUCUCCAGAAGAUCAGAGUCCAGCUGGACUAUGACAGGGGGGAGGUGUCCUUCUACAACCCUGAAGACGUGACUCACAUCUACACUUACAAAGACACUUUCACUGAGAAACUUUACCCGUAUUUCAAUGUUGGAGAAUCUGGAGAAGCAAAAACCUCUAAACUCCAAAUCUGUCCGACUGAUUGAGAUGAUUUAACUCUUUGGUCAUUGAAAAAUAAAAAUUGAUCAAACCA